ACUUUCUUAUAUGGCCAAUCGGAGCGCGCUGAGGGCGGGUUAUUGUGGUUUCGUCUUGACCAAAAUAAAGCAAAAGGAGACGGCUGCUUCCGCUAACGCGAUCCUGCCAGCUCCGAUGUAACGAGAGGCGAGUAAUAAGAAAGAGAGACAGCAUUAAAGCCAUGCCAUUUCUGGGUCAGGACUGGCGCUCUCCAGGCUGGAGCUGGACGAAAACCGAUGAUGGAUGGAAAAGGUGUGAUUUCUACUGUGAUUAUGAGAGAGAUGAAAAUUUCAACCUUAGCGUGCUAAAUGUCGAUAAUCCAGAAUUCUAUGCAGCGGAGAAGUUAGACAUUUCAGCGAAAAAGAGAAGGAAGGAACACUUUAACAACACUACAAAGAACUUUUAUCACGAGAAAUGGAUUUACAUACAAAAAGAAAGUACAAGAGAAAGACAUGGUUAUUGCACACUGGGUGAAGCAUUUAAUCGGUUAGACUUUUCAAGUGCAAUUUGGGACAUCAGAAGAUUCAAUUAUGUGGUGAAGUUGCUGCAGUUAAUUGCGAAGUCCCAGCUUACAUCACUUAGCGGCGCAGCACAGAAGAAUUAUUUCAACAUUCUAGAAAAGAUUGUUCAGAAAGCAAUUGAAGAUCAGUACAAUCCACGUUUAAUACGAGAGGUUCUGCAAGAUUUGAGCUCUACCCUCUGCAUCCUGAUAUGGGAAGUUGGUAGAUGUGUAUUGGUAGGAAAUAUCAAUAUCUGGAUCUCUCGCUUGGAGACUAUUUAUUCAUGGCAGCAGCAACUGAUGAACCUUCAGAUAACACAGCAUCUUGAUGGGGGCCCUACCAUUCGUGAUCUCCCUUUACAUAUGCAGAACAAUAUAAUAACCAGAUUCACUGAUGCCUGGGACAUUAUUAAUCUGGGCCAAGUCACUCCUACACUGCACGUGCUGAGCGAAGAUCGUCUCCUUUGGCAAAAACUAUGCAAGUACCAUUUUGCAGAGAAAAUGUUCUGCAGGCAUUUGAUUGUCUCUGAAAAAGGUCACAUCGACUGGAAACUGAUGUUCUUCGCUCUUCUGAAAUAUUAUCCAACAAGGGAACAAUAUGGAGACACUUUACAGUUUUGCCAGCAUUGCAGCAUGCUGUUUUGGAAGGACACAGGACAUCCCUGCACUGCCAAUGAUCCUGCCAGCUGUCUGAUUCCAGUCUCUCCCCAGCACUUUAUUGACCUCUUCAGGUUCUGAUUGGGAUGUUCUAUUCCUCCGUCCUUUAUUUUUGUGUGUUUUAAAUACUAGGGUUGCACAGAACCCAUAAUUGUCAGCUUCAGCUGAAUUCCAAAUCCUCCACCAAAGAUUCAGGGUAAUACUGAACUGAAUCCAUACAUAUUCAAAUGUGAGCAAAAUCCUAACAUCGAUUAAAACGACAAAACUACACUGAGCUGAGCAAUUUUAGUGGAUGUUGUGUAAGUAGUUACUUCUGCUGAUUGAGACCAACAUUUUACGACUUAUUUUUAAGCGUUCUUAUUGCUUUUUGAUCAUUCCUUUUGUUGACACUAAAAUGAAGCCAAUAUAUAUAUUUCCAAUGCUUUUCCAUAGUACAUUCUGAACUUCUACAGAAAACAAUUUGUGUGCAGGUUUGGGAUCUUUUAUCCAGAAUGCUUGGGACCUUUUCUGUAUAACACUCCCAAAAACUGUGCAAAAAAAAUCAUUUAUGAAAGGGGUGGUUCACCUUUACAUUAACUGUUAAUAUGUGAUAGAAUGACUAAUUCUAAGCAACUUUUCAAUUGUCCUAUUUUUAUAGUUUUUGAAUUAUUUGCCGCCUUCUGACUUUUUCUAGCUUUGAAAUGGGGGUCAUUGACCCCAUCUAAAAAACAAAUGUUCUGUAAGGCUACACAUUUAUUGCUAUUUUUUAUUACUCAUCGUUCUAUUCAGGCCCUCUCCUAUUCAUAUUUCAGUCUCCUAUUCAGAUCAGUGCAUGGUUGCUAGGGUAAUUGGACCCUAGAAACCAGAUGGCUGAAACUGCAACCACGAGUUACUAAAUAAAAAGCAUAAUUAGUCAAAACCCAUAAUUGAAAAUGUAAACCAAUUGCAAACUUUCAGAUUAUUAUUCUCUACAUCAUACUAAAAGUUAAUUUAAGGGUGAACAACCCCUUUAAAAUUUGCAUUUCAUCUUAUUUCUGUUAAAAAAAAAAAAGAUACUGUUAUUCUGCUAAACACUUGAGAACAGGGUCUUUAUACAGUACAUACUGCAGUUUAUUUUUUAGAUAUUUUAAAGAUAUUGAAACCUGUGCAGGUGAUCACUAUCUCCCUUUCUGUUAUUGUCUAAUUUAUUUAAAUGUUGUCGUUAUGUAUGUGUUUUUUUUUAACUGUGCAGGUGAUUAUAUGGGACGAUUGUUGAUAUUUUUUAGCAAGAAAUAAUGUAUCUGCUUAUGGAAGGCAGAAGUCAUGAUAGGAAGUGUUUGGGUAAUGUGCAAUGGAUUCUUAGGAGAAGGGACCACUCUUAAACAUUUCAACUUCAAUAUGUUCCUCCAACCUGGUGGGGUUGGGACAGGGAAAGUAAUUUUAUGGUUUAAUAUGAAGGCUAUAAAACAGAUUAAGACUUGUAUUCUGCAAUUUAAUAAAAGGCAUAUUGAUGUUA